AUGUGGGAUGUUGAAGGGUUAUGGGAAAAACCUAUGAGAUAUAAGGGCCAUAGGCAACAUAAAUAUGUCAUUCGUUCUUGCUUUGGUGGGGUCAAUAGCACCUUUAUUUCCAGUGGCAGCGAAAUUCACAGGUAUAUAUCUGGAAUCGAAGUGGUUGUGAUAGCAGCUACAAGUAGCAAAGGAGCUGGACCUUCUAUGUUAGAAGGGCAAAGUGGCUAUGGUUCAACCAUGCAAGACUCACCAGAAUUCACAUCUGGAGACUACCAUGCAACUACCCAAAAUUGUAGUUGUGAGCUUUCAAAUGACUUUAGUCCUGCAAAUAAGCUACUAAGCUCAGGAAGGGUGAUUUUGGACCUGUUUACAAGGACAAACGCCCUUAGCAAGCUGGCAUCUACCUCACACGAUCAUCUCACAAAGAAAGUGUUGGUCAAAGUACUCCCCGAAAGGAGUAUUGAUAACCAAACGGUUAAUACCAUAUCAACUCCUCCAGAAUGGACAAAACCAUUCGUCGAUUACCUGCACCAUGGCAUGCUUCCAGACGAUCCACUGGAGGCGAGGAAAGUCUAA